CAGUGGACGGAGCGGAGCGUCACGACGAGCAGGACGCUUUGUGGAAGGACACGCUGAAAAAAUGCAGCUCAGGCACGAUCUCUCCAGUUUGUCGCCAACUCGGAUGCAAAACGCGCGUCAGGUGUCGGACGUCCAGGUGUAGCGGUGUAGCGGACCAGCCGACAGACAGCGACUCUGCCCGGGUGGUUUGUUUUUUUUUUAGCCUCCGGAGCUCCGUGUGCUCCCUCCGCUCCUCAGCGUCCACCGACUCGCAACUAGUCCAGACAUGAGCAACGUUAAUCUGAUUUUUUGGGACCAGUUGCAGGCUGGCAGCUCCGAGGUGGACUGGUGUGAAGGCAAUUACCUUAUAUACCCGAGCAUCGCUGAAUUUUACAACACGAUCAGCAACAUUUUGUUUUUUGUUUUGCCGCCGAUAUUAAUGUGCUUGUUCCGCCAAUAUGCAACACAUUUCAACAGUGGGAUUUACCUCAUAUGGAUUCUACUAGUGGUGGUUGGUAUCGGAUCAACCUAUUUUCAUGCCACCCUCAGUUUCCUUGGCCAGAUGCUGGAUGAGCUGGCCAUUUUAUGGGUGCUCAUGUGCGCCAUUGCCAUGUGGUUUCCCAAGAGAUACCUACCGAGGAUGUUCAGGAGGGAUCGGUCGAGGUUCAAAGUGGUUAUAGGUAUCUUGUCGGGGAUCACCACUGGACUGGCCUUUGUUAAGCCUGUUGUCAACUCACUGUCACUCAUGACUCUGGGCAUCCCCUGCACCGCGCUGCUCAUUACUGAGCUGAAGAGGUGUGAAAAUCCACGUGUGUUCAAGCUGGGUCUGAUCUCAGGGAUCUGGUGGGCGCUGGCUCUGCUUUGCUGGAUCAGUGACAGGAUAUUCUGCGAAAUGUGGUCAUCUGUCAACUUUCCCUACUUACACUGUGCUUGGCACAUCCUCAUUUGUCUGGCUUCCUACUUGGGUUGUGUUUGCUUCGCCUACUUCGACGUUGCUACCGAGGCUCCGGAACGAGACCCCGUCAUCAUGUUCUGGCCCAACGAGAAAUGGGCUUUUAUUGGUGUGCCGUACGUUUCCUUACUCUGUGUCCACAAGAAGUCUGCCAUCAAGGUGACUUAAGGUGACCCGAGUCUGCUGCUCUGUUUGUGUUGCUUCAACACUUUGACACCACCAGCACGUGUGUGAGUCGUGUUGCAUCCACUGGUGCUUUUGAGACUUGAGGAUGUACGUGAUGCACAUUUUGGCCAACCGCGAGGAUCUACCUGUACCUUUUACCUGCCCCGGUCUGGUCUUCGUUACACAUCAGUAUUUAUGCAACUCUGUCAAAGAACAAAAGGUGCCACAAAUUUGUCAAACAUGACACCUGAUUACUCUUUAAAUAGCAUAACAUCAAAGCCAAGAAACCUUUACAGUGUUCCAAACAUAUCUCAGGCUUAUCAUGAGAGAUCAUGUACUCUCUGAAAGGACCAAUGUGUAGGAUUUAGAUUCCUCUGGGGGUGAGAUUGCAUAUUAUAACCAACUGAAUUCCCCUCUCUUCCCAAACAUGUAGGAGAACUUUCAGUGGCUGCAACUUAAAUGGAAAACUGUAAAAGGUUCUCUCCGGAGCCAGUGUUUUCUGAGCUGCUGUAGAAACAUAGCAGGCUCCAAAGAAGAGGAUCCCCCAUGAUAUGAAGGGCUGAUUCUAAGCUAAAAACACAAUAGUCUAUUAUUACAGCUGAUUAUGAGCUGACACUAAUGAAAACAGAAUUAUGACUACGCUAUUACAUUUCUGCUAAGUCCUAGAUCUUAAAUCCUACACACUGGUCCUUAACAAAGGGAAAGCAUUAGUAUUAUGCAUUUGAAACUUCUUUAAAGAGAAGAUUUUGUACAUUUUAUGGUAACUCAGAAAACCUCUUCAUAAAGCAGUGUGUUGCCUUUUCGAGCAUAAAUAUAGCAUCACAUAGGUGUAGUCUGGCCAUUAUGAACCCAUUUAGAAACAAUAAAGCACUGGAUUAAUUAACUGUGAUUAAUGCAUAAUGCAUUAAAGCUUCAUAUUGCUUAGCCAAUCUUACUACACUCAGUGAAUCCACAAGCAGAUUCAUAAAAUGUUACAGAGGUGUUACAAAAAUGUAAAUCCGAUAAAGCCUCAGGCUGUUAUGUACCCACCCUUUGUGACGACAGGCUUUUUAAAUGGAAAAUGUCAGAAACAGAUUGAACAUGUUACAGAUAAGUGUUAAGUUUUAUUUUCAGCAUGCUACUGUGAUUGUUGAGGAUAGUGUAUGAGAAAUGUGUUUAAUAUAUUCCUGUACAUAUUUGUUAACUAACAAUGUAAUACGCAGUAAUUUUCCUAAGAAAAAAAGAGAAAAAUAUCAUUCGUAUAUUACUGAAUGAAUCGGUACCUUUUGAUAUUGGCCAAAGCCCAAAUAAAAACUAAAAAUAAAAAAACUGAAUGUGAAAUGAAGAAUUGUUCUCAAAGCCCAUGGCUACAUGCACAUUUCAGAACGUGAUAAUUACACGUUUUUACUUAAAGAUUAGCUCGCUAAUGUUUAGCUAUAAUGCUGAAAAGUUUUCGCUUCUGAUCUUUUUUUUUCUUAAACCCAGACAUCUCAACUUGUUAACGGCUCUUCAGGGUUAUUAUUUAGUAUUUUAGACUUUGUGCUCAAUAUCAUCAAAACUGUGCAAAAAGCCUUAAUCGAACAAGGUAAUGGAUUACAAAGGCAAGUGAAGGUGCAUUAGGGUUGAAAGUACUGUUUGCUCUAAAAUAUUAAAGACUGUAUUAGUUGCAUUUGAGCACUAAAUAGAUUAAAUGAAUAGUGUAUACCAAGCAAAUUAUAAAACAAAUGAGGAUUUAGUACCUCUGACUGAAAAACCAAAAUUCUUAUUUAGCAGCAUUCAUUGGAUCAAAAAGAGGAUAUUCUGUAUGUAGAAUAUAGAAGGGACAUUUUCAGGGUGGUGCAAAGCAAAAAAGUCACCCUAUAAGAGAAAAAUCUCCAAAGUUUUUUCUUCACCUCAGACCUUUCGUUGGACGUGUUAUUGACAACUGCCUCAAACUGUUUAGCUAAUAUUAUUUUACUCCUUCACAGGCUUCUGGGAAUUCAAACUGCUAAAAUAACUUGUGCACAAACAAAAGGUCAAAUGAAGGAUCACAAUUUAUGAAGAAAACAACAAUUUUACUAAGAUUUUGAAGUGAUAUAUUCAAACAGCAUUAGGUAUUUUGUUAAAUACAGAACAAUUUAUAUUUUUGUAAAUGAAGUACAGCCAAAAUUAAUGUUGAAUGAUUUUGAUAUUGUAUUAUUACUACCUUUUGUAUCGCCAAACUUUUUUUUUUGUUUUGUUUCGUGAACCUUCAGGAGAAACUUUAGGGAGUAUUAACAAAUGUGAACAAAUCCCAAGAAUACAGACAUUGUGCUGCAAAUCAUGUUGAAUUGUACAGGUGAGCCAUGAUGGUGGGUUAUGUGUAUGAUGCAGAGAAAAUCAAAAUAUUCAGGACUUGAAAAGUGAGUCAAUGAAUCAGCAUCACAUUGCGGACUUUGUGUGAAUAGAAUAGCCUGUUUAAUGCUCGGCGUUGUGAUGUUUGUCUUGGCAUGAGGUAUGAUUAUUAUAACAAUGGCCUAAUGGGGUGUGUCUUUUUAUUGACUUACAUGUACAUAAAGCUCAGUGUUUCUCUGCCUGCAUUGACAAUACAGAUAAACUGCACAGAAAUAUUUAUUUUCAUAAAUUAUCCUGUUUUGUAAACCAAUAUUUGUAAUAGAUUAGAAUAUUAGUAUUUUAUUUUAUGCAAUAAACCAAGCCAAUACUCAAAA